AUGAAUCACAUAUUUAAAGAAGUCAAGGCAAUCGUGAAUAUGGAGCCAACAGUGUUGGACUUGAAGGGACCAAUCACGGUGAUGGGCCCGCUGCACGGCGAGGGUGACGCCCUGAUCACCCUCAUGUCGAUGGUCGGCCCGCCGACAGAUCAUCAAUACCUCUUCAUCGGCAAUUUUGCGGGGCUCGGGUUUGCGUCACUUGAGCUGGUCUUCAUGCUGUUCUGCUUGAAACUGAAGUACCCGGAGCACAUCCACUUACUCAAGGGGUUCCACGAAGACCCAGCUCUUUUCAAAGAAAUUGAUUUCUACGAGGACAUGCAGCGCCGCGGACUGUUGCCUGAGGAGGUCAAGACUACGGAAGACCUGCGUUCGGUGGACCUCGUUACGGAAGCACUGGCCGCGCUGCCUCUCGCCGCCACAAUCAACAAAGAAAUACUGUGCAUGCAUGGUGGUCCCGGAAGGUAUUUGCGUGAAGAGGGACUUUCGAGGCUUCGACAAGUGAGCCGGCCUCCCGAGAACGAUCUCGAUCUGAAUCUGACUAUCGAGACCAUGUGGGCCGUAAUGGAAUUUGUCGAGAAGCCAGUGUCAAGGCAAAAUGAUAGUCGUGACGAAAUGCCAUCCUUCACUGAUGCCGAGGCCACCCUAUUUUGUCAGGAGAAUAAAAUCAAGUUGCUCAUCCGAGGCCGGCAGCUGAUCGACCAAGGAUUCUUGAAUAAACCAAAUGAAGUACUGACGAUCAUCUCCGCGGCUUCGUACCUCAACAACUUUCGAAAUCACGGUGUGGCACUGGGAUUUGACGAGCAUAGCACCCAGGUGACGGUCAUUCGCUGGCUAUGUCGAGACGCCGAGCCGGGCAGCCUUGAUGAUGAGAAACCGUCUGCUUAUCGCAACGCCAUACCCCCA